GGUAAUUCCGGGAUUGUCGACCUUGGCAUCAUUCCGAAUUGUUAUUCGUCUUAAAUUCGUGGGACUUUGUGUUCUCAGUCAAUCCCAAACUGACGGGAAGACUAUAUCCAAAGGGAUUGAUCAUCUCGGAACGACCCCUUUUUGAUCGUCUUUAGAGCAAUUUUAAAGUUAGUAGACUGUUUGGUGUUAGCGACUACUUGGUCGUAUUCACGAAUUAACUACCAGUUAAACUAAUUUAAAUAGGUUCCUGAAGUAGACCAGGUUUAUUAAAUAUGUCCUACAGUAGUCCCUGUUAUUUUUCGUUUUUGUUUUUUGUUGACUUACUCGAGAAGCUGUCACUUAUCCGUGAUCAUAGUUCCCCUUGGAUUUAUUUCGAUAUGUUAUCUUUUUGGUGUUUUUAAACUUUGGUUUUUAUAUGUUUAGCUGUAGUUUAUUCAUUUACCGUUUGAAAUUUACACGUCCGUUUUUGUACAUUAACCCUCAAUAAUUUUUCCGUCUUCAAUAAAUUCAUUUUCAUUACUUUCAUUCUACCUUAAUAAAUGUUAUACAUUCGUCGCACUAAUUGAUCUUGGUCACAACUCUCUCUGUGCUAAACUUGUUUUAGAUGGAUGUGGCUAAGCUUUUACACUUGAACAAUGAGAAACAGGCUAUCCUUUUGCAACUGUCUGUGGUGUGUGUCGCUGCUAUUUUAGCUUUUGCUGUUAGGUUGUACUCUGUUAUUCGUUUCGAAUCUGUUAUUCAUGAAUUUGACCCUUAUUUUAAUUAUCGAACUACACGUUUUAUGACUGAGAAUGGAUUUUACCAAUUUCAUGAUUGGUUCGAUGAUAUGGCAUGGUAUCCACUUGGAAGGAUUAUUGGAGGUACAAUUUAUCCUGGUCUUAUGAUGACAUCGUCUUUUAUAUACUCACUACUUCAUGCUAUAAAUGUUACCAUGGAUAUACGAAACAUAUGUGUAUUUUUGGCACCUUUGUUUUCAAGUUUUACAACUUUAGCAACCUUUUUACUGACAAGUGAGAUUCAGGACACUAGUUCUGGCCUAAUAGCUGCUGCUUUGGUUGCAAUUGUACCUGGUUACAUUAGCCGAUCAGUUGCAGGUUCUUAUGAUAACGAAGGAAUCGCCAUAUUCUGCAUGAUAUUUACGUUCUAUCUGUGGAUUAAAGCUGUUAAAACCGGUUACUUGUUCUGGGCUUGCGCUUGCAGCUUAGCGUACUUUUACAUGGUUUCUUCCUGGGGUGGAUACGUAUUUUUAAUAAACAUCAUACCUAUUCAUGUAUUAAUGCUCAUGCUUACUGGGAGAUUUUCAAGUCGUGUUUACUCUGCCUACUCUACUGUCUACGUUCUAGGCACUAUACUGUCAAUGCAGAUUAGUUUUGUUGGCUUCGCUCCUAUAAUAUCCAGUGAACAUAUAGGAGCUCUCGGGGUGUUUGGAUUAUGUCAACUUUUCUCCUUUUAUACGUACCUUCAUGGGGCUUUAUCUUCUGAACAACUGUCAAUAGUUUUGCGUGUUUUUGGUUUAUCAUUGUUUGUUAUAUCGUUGAUUGGUGGUUCUGUGUUGUCUGCUACAGGAAAAAUAUCACCUUGGACUGGACGAUUCUAUUCUCUGUUGGACCCAACUUAUGCCAAGAAUCAUAUCCCAAUCAUUGCUUCUGUAGCUGAGCAUCAGCCGACCGCUUGGAGUUGUUAUUAUUUCGAUCUUCAUUUCUUAACGGUAAUGUUUCCUGUGGGUUUAUACUAUUGCUUCCGGAAAUUGACAGAUGCUAGUAUCUUUGCAAUAAUAUAUGGCGUUACAAGCGUUUACUUUUCGGGUGUUAUGGUUCGGCUUAUCUUAGUAUUAGCACCAAUAAUGUGUAUUUUGGGUGCAAUUGGAGUUUCUGGAAUUUUGAAAUCAUUUUCAGUUAAUCUUAAUGUACCAGAUAGUCAAAGUACGAAAACACCAAGUAAACUUACCGCAGCUAAUGGAUAUCCAUCUAUUCCAAAUAGUAAUAAACUUUAUAAAAAUACAGUCCAAGACUCGACUUAUCCGUUCAAAAAUACAGUAGCUUCAUUUAUGGUUCUGCUUAUAUUAUUUCUGUUGAUACUAUUCACUAGGCAUUGUAUAUGGGUUAUAUCGUCAUCAUAUUCUCAUCCAUCGAUUGUGUUAGAAACUGUAGAUGGUUUUGGUAAUCGUCAUAUAUUAGAUGAUUAUAGAGAAGCAUAUUAUUGGCUUAGAGAGAAUACAAAGGCUGAUGCUAAAGUUAUGUCUUGGUGGGAUUAUGGCUAUCAGAUUACUGCUAUAGCUAAUCGAACUGUGCUUGUGGACAAUAAUACAUGGAAUAAUACUCAUAUUGGUCGUGUAGGUCAAGCUAUGGCAUCAUCUGAAGAGGAAGCUUAUGAAAUCAUGAAAGAAUUAGAUGUUGACUAUGUACUGGUUAUUUUCGGUGGUGUAUUGGGGUACAGUUCUGAUGAUAUCAAUAAAUUUAUCUGGAUGGUACGUAUAGCUGGUAGUACAGAAAAAGGUCGUCAUGUACAUGAGAAUGAUUACUAUUCACCGCAAGGUGAAAUGCGUGUAGAUGAUAGAGCUAGUCCUACCAUGCAGAACUGUUUACUGUACAAACUUAGUUAUUAUCGAUUCUGGGAAAUGAAAACUGAUAAAACUAAGCCACCUGGAUUUGAUCGCGUACGUGGUCAAGUAAUUGGGCAUCGAAAUUAUGAACUGCAUGGUUUAGAGGAAGCAUUUACUUCUUCCAGUUGGCUUGUACGAAUAUUCCGGGUAAAAUCAUAUGCAAAUCGAGGAGUUAACUAAUUUUUGUAUUUUCUUUUUCAAAAUAUAUGUUUAUAUAUAAAGGAUAAUUAGCAGUGAGUUUCUCUAAAUUGUGGAAUAAUUAUCGUUCGGUUCCUGGCCAUCUAUCCCAUAUGCAUUAAAAAAGCCGUUUAUGAAGUUUCGACGAAGGAUAUACCGUCAAUUCAUUAGUUAGCACUGUACUCUGGAAAUAUUUACUCAAAUAUUAUAGGUCUCGUGCAAAGAUACAUUAGGAAGAUCACAAAGUUACAGUCAUAUCUCUGCGAUCAUCGAGAUCAACAGUGAAAUAAGACAGGGUAACCCUAUGUCGCCGUUUUUUCCAACUUUUUGUCUGAUGCUAUUGCAACAACCCC